UAAAAUUCUAUUCCAAAAUUUGAAAAUGGCGGAUGAUUUGACAGUGAAAUCUUCUACCACAAACGAAGAAAACAAUGAUAGUAUUCCUCCACCUUCUCCUGAGAAGCCUCCCCAGGAAGAGGGUAGAAGAAGUGUUCCAAGGUUAAGGGAAAUAAUGAGAAGGCAAAGAAAAGAUUCAGAUACUCAGCCAGAUGCACCUCUUUUGAAUUUUCAAUACAAUGAUACCGAUUCUUUACAAGAUGAAUUGUCAGAGCUGUACAGUUACACUGAAGAAGAUGAAUUCAAAGAGAAUGCCAGUGCAUUUCAGACAUCUUUUACUGAAUAUAUGAAAAAUGAAACUGUGUUGUGGUGUGAUAUGGAAUUGGUGCAAAAAAGAGGUUUUAUAUUUUAUGUACUGGAAAAAUUAGAGGUUGUUGACAUUGAAGAACGAAGGAUAGCAUCUCGGACAUUACUGUAUUUAGCCCAAGGAAUGUACAGGGACCAGGAAGAUUUUAAUGAAUGCACGGCUAUGAUGAAGGAAAAUGCCAUGAUACUAUACAAAUGUGGUGUCUAUUCAUGCGUGCAACAGUUGCUUGUCAUGGAAGCGGAAAAUCCCGAAGCAGUACAGUUAGCAAUGCAAAAACCAUCAAUAUCAAUUGCAGACAGCAUCGAUCUAAGGAUUUACUUAAAUAUAUUGUACAUGAUGACUGAAAUAAUUCGCAAUUUCGAAAAGUCAGAUGACAUACUGCAAGCAACUGCUGAAUCGCUCCGAGAGGAACUAGCCGGCUGUGUUGACAUUAAUGAUGGCCAACCGUUCGCAUGUAUUUUGUUCGACUUGGUAUUAAAGUUUUGUGCAGGCUCGAGUCCACAUUAUCCUAUCAAAAAGAUUCUUCUACUUUUGUGGAAAGUUAUAUUAUUUACACUUGGAGGAUUCAAAGAACUCCAAGUAAAAAUGAAAGAGGCCCGGGUACAAGCUGGUCUAACACCCUCGUUUGGAGAGCAGCAUGCUAAUACGAUUGAAACAGAAAAACAUCAUCAACUUCGUCCCUCGUCCCCGUCAGAAGAGUCAAUACAACGUUUAAAGCCAAGAAAAACAGUAGAUCUAGAUGACGAUGACAUUGAUUUUGUUCCAGCACCAAUCACUCAAUCACAUCACUAUGUUGAGAACGUUUUACUUUUGCGUCCAAAAGUCAGAGAAAAAGAUGUUGGUUCAUUUUUAGGGAUGUGUCGAUCGAAAUAUAUUGGUUAUCAGCUUCUCGACGACAACACAUCCACUGCAGGACUCCCACCGUCUAUAAAAGAAGGAUUGAACGUACUGAGAAGUCAUGUGUAUACGUCGCUAUCUGAAGUUCAGAUCAAACAAGAAGAGGAACAUGCUGAUCGUCCAUUUAGUAAGGGUAUUCACGAACUUCCAGAGACUAAUUCCGAAGUUUUAUACAAGUCAUUAUUACCAAAUUUGCCACAGUAUAUGAUUGCACUUCUAAAAAUGUUGCUCGCAUCAGCUCCAACUGCGAAAGCAAAAACAGAAUCUAUCAAUAUUCUCACGGAUGUGUUGCCACCAGAAAUGCCUACAACUGUUCUUCAAUCCAUGCAACUUGGUAUAGAUGUGAACCGCCACAAGGAAAUCAUGGUUAAAUCAAUUUCAGCAUUGAUUCUGUUGUUGCUAAAGCAUUUGAAAGUUAACCAUAUCUAUCAGUUUGAAUUUGUUAGUCAGCAUCUGGUUUUUGCAAAUUGUAUUCCACUGGUGCUGAAGUUUUUCAACCAGAACAUCUCAGCUUAUGUAGCGGCGAAAAACAGUAUUCCGCAGUUAGAUUUUCCGACAUGUGUUUUAGAAGAGCGAUCGGAAAUAACUGCUGAAAGUUUGGAGGCCGCUGAGAACGCGUCGUACUUUUGUUGGCGAAAUCUAUUUUCUUGCAUAAACUUGUUAAGGAUACUGCAAAAAUUGACAAAGUGGAAAUACUCACGGACUAUGAUGUUAGUUGUAUUCAAAUCUGCUCCCAUUCUAAAACGAGCUUUAAAGAUUCGAGAAGAAAAUUUACAGAUGUAUGUACUAAAGCUUUUGAAGACGCAGAUCAAAUACUUAGGUCGAAAUUGGAGAAAAAGUAACAUGAGAAUCAUGUCCUUGAUAUAUCAUAAAAUCAGACACCGACUAAACGAUGACUGGGCUUUCGCAAAUGACGUUGAUGCUCGUCCGUGGGAUUUCCAAACUGAAGAAUGUGCAAUACGCCAUAACGUCGAUUUGUUUAACUAUCAUCAUUAUGAAUCAAAUGGCACGCAUUAUCCCAGCGAUCUACAACCCGUUGAUAAUGAUCUUCACAGCGUGUUAAGUCAAAAGAUUCGAUUUAGUGAGCAGUUUCUAAAGGACAGUAGCAAGUGGCUAGAUCGAGAAGUUUUCAAUACAAAUGUGGACUGGGACGAGCUUAUAGAUGAAAAUUACCUCGAUGAAAGUUGAUUUGUGUGGAUUUAGAGAAUAUUAAAUGCUUACCAAUAGCUACCCACUUGCGGAAAUAAGUGUGGUAUGUCGUGAGAAACGACAAUAAAUUCAAUUCGUUAGACUUGUAAUCACAUUAAGAAAUUGCCUGUAUAUAUCCAUGUAUGAUCCGUCGAUAUAAAUAACAUAUUCAAA